CGCUACGAGUUCCCAAGCUCCGUCAAGAACCCCUGGCAGCGGGAGAGAGAAGCAUAAGGCUACAUUGUAUUGAAUGUGAUCGAGAUGAAUAAACAACACGACUCCCCACUACCACUUAUACGACAUCGUCCGUCGGCCACAAGCAGGGAAACCCAGCGGGCCCUCCCGCUUUCGAAAACUUGGUCUUCACAGACAUCCAAGCCCUCUUCGGUCUCGCGGUCCGUCAGAAAUCGGCCGAGCAACAACAGCGUUGGCCCAUCCCAGUCCUUUACUGGCACCGAUCGAGAUGCAUAUACAAAGGGAUAUCCUCCCCCCCCCCCCAAACGCUGUCGAAUGCUUACUCCUGUCUGCACCACAGUUGGUGUAGGAAUAUGUAGCAAGUACCCGGGGAUCCUGCGCCUAGCCAGGUCCAGGCUCGUCUGGAACCCACCAACCAUUCUAGGUUAUAGUACCGAGUGGUUGUACCGAAUGGUAGCCAUGGUCCUCUCACCCGUCUCCCGUCUCCCGUCUCCCGUCUCCCGUCUCCCGUCUCCCGUCUUCCUUUUACGUUUAUAUCUUAUACAACACACCAGGCUCGCAACACCUACCCCGUACCUCGACCUACGAACAUUUUCGCCCUCUUUCCCUCUCCGUUACUCUCACCUACUUACAGCUGGCAGCUUGUUUCUGUACCCUGUUCAAUUUAUUCUCAAGUUCCCGUAUUUGACUUCGGAUUUCGUCCUUUUCUCUUCCUCUCAUCUUAUUAGUCUUUUCCCACCUUCUUCCACAGCCUCAUAAAGUCUUCUUCUCACAAAUGGUACCAAUAACCUCGGCUCACCGUGGAAAAUGCCGCCACCACAAUAUGCUCACUUGACGACCAAC